AUGAGAAUCUACAAGAGGCAGACAGUGAAGUUUAUACUGCAGUGCUGGUGGGACAACAGAAAACAAAUAACUGGAUACAAGAUCACAGUCCAAGAUCCAGUGUCUCCAGUUAUUCUGUCAGUGGACUCUGUGUCCAGCAGCUCAGUCUGGUGUAACCUGACAGUGAGCUGCAGAGCACAGGACUCUCACAUUAACAGCACCUUUAGAUGUGACACCCACACCUGCAGUCAGGAGGGAGGAGAGAGACCACAGGUCACACCCUCUGCUUCUGCUCUCCAUGUCUACCUGUCCAAUGACUCCAUCAUCUGUAACCAUAGCAACCAGGUCAGCUGGACAAAGGACAUGAAAACAAUUAAAACUCUCUGCCAACAUGAUGGUCAUGAUCCACCCACCAAUGCCAUCUCUGUGGGUGCUGGUGUUGGCAUAGGCAUCCUUCUCUUCCUAUGUGUUGCAGCAUUAGUAGUAGCAGCAUUUUGUUAUCAUCAAAAGAAAGGACAAGAUACAAGAGAGAUCCGGGAGAAUACAGUAUAUGAAGUUCCUCAGGUCCUACCUACAGAUUUAACUCAGAGUUCAACAGUUGAAGGUCUUUCGCCGACCUCCACCUACUGCUUGGUGGGGCCUCACACUGCAUCUCUGGAUUCCAGGCCGACUCUGCCAGAGAGUCUGUAUGCUCAGGUGGAUAAGCCUGGCAGAAUCUUAAACAAGUAAUCAGCAGGGUAUUACACAUAUACUGCGCUGGCUGCAAUUUACAGUUUAGCUUUUGGAUGUUAACAGUACUGUAAGUUAUAUGUGAGCUGCUCUG